AUGGCAGACGAGACUCAGCAAAACAACAAGAAAGCCAGUUUUUCGGCUUUAGCAGAACACACAAACGGUCUAACUAAAUCCUCUUCGCUAGCUGCAAAACGCAGCGGAUCGAAGAAACUAGUCAUUAAAAAUUUUAAAGAUAGACCAAAGGUCUCAGAUAAUUACACUCAGGAUACAUGGACAAAACUACAGGGAGCUGUAGAAGCGAUUCAGAAUAGCACUUCAAUUAAAUAUAACCUAGAAGAGCUGUACCAGGCAGUGGAAAACCUUUGCUCCUACAAAGUAUCUGCUACACUGUAUAAGCAGUUGCGGCAGGUUUGUGAGGAACAUGUAAAAGGACAGAUACAGCAGUUCCGACAAGAUUCUUUGGAUGAUGUUUUAUUCCUUAAAAAGAUGAAUACCUGUUGGCAGGAUCAUUGUCGUCAAAUGAUCAUGAUAAGAAGUAUUUUUUUAUUUUUGGACAGAACGUAUGUGCUACAGAACUCAAUGCUGCCUUCUAUAUGGGACACAGGUCUGGAGCUGUUUAGAAUCCAUAUAAUCAGUGACAAAAUGGUCCAGAGCAAAACUGUGGAUGGUAUUCUGCACUUAAUAGAAAGAGAGAGAACUGGAGAGACAGUGGACAGAAGUUUGCUGCGUAGCUUAUUAAGCAUGCUUUCUGAUCUUCAAGUGUAUAAAGACUCUUUCGAGCAACAGUUUUUGAAAGAGACUGAUCGGCUAUAUGCAGCAGAGGGUCAAAGACUUAUGCAAGAGAGAGAGGUUCCUGAAUACCUUCAUCAUGUCAGCAAGCGACUAGAAGAGGAAGCAGAUAGAAUUAUAACAUAUUUGGAUCAAAGCACACAGAAACAGCUUAUAUUUACAGUAGAAAAGCAGUUACUGGGAGAGCAUUUAGUCACUAUUCUUCAAAAAGGGCUAACCAACCUUUUAGAUGAGAACAGGGUGCAGGAACUCACCUUACUGUAUCAGUUGUUUAGUCGGGUAAAGGGCGGAUUGCAGGUUCUUUUGAAUCACUGGAGUGAAUAUAUUAAGGCAUUUGGAACCACUAUUGUGAUGACACCAGAAAAGGACAAGGAUAUGGUACAAGACCUAUUGGAUUUUAAGGAUAAGAUGGAUAUUAUCGCUGAGGUUUGCUUCCAGAAAAAUGAAAAGUUUAUCAAUUCAAUGAAAGAAUCAUUUGAGACAUUUAUCAACAGAAGACCUAACAAACCUGCUGAGCUCAUUGCAAAAUAUGUUGAUUCAAAGUUGCGGGCUGGGAAUAAGGAAGCUACUGAUGAAGAACUUGAGAGAAUACUUGACAAAAUUAUGAUCAUCUUCAGAUUCAUUCAUGGAAAAGAUGUGUUUGAAGCAUUUUACAAAAAAGAUCUGGCUAAAAGAUUACUGGUUGGGAAAAGUGCUUCAGUAGAUGCUGAAAAAUCCAUGCUCUCCAAACUUAAACAUGAAUGUGGUGCAGCCUUUACAAGCAAAUUAGAAGGAAUGUUUAAAGAUAUGGAGCUUUCAAAAGACAUCAUGAUUCAGUUCAAACAGUAUAUGCAAAAUCAAAGUGAUCCUGGAAAUAUUGAACUUACCGUCAAUAUCCUAACAAUGGGAUACUGGCCCACCUAUACUCCCAUGGAGGUUCAUCUACCUGCUGAGAUGGUAAAACUUCAAGAAGUUUUCAAGCUCUUUUAUCUUGGCAAGCACAGUGGCAGAAAACUGCAGUGGCAGCCUACACUUGGACAUGCUGUGCUGAAAACAGAGUUUAAAGAAGGCAAAAAGGAGCUUCAGGUAUCCUUAUUUCAGACCCUUGUCCUUUUGAUGUUUAAUGAAGGAGAGGAAUUCAGCGUGGAAGAAAUAAAGACAGCCACUGGAAUAGAGGACAGUGAGCUCAGGAGAACUCUUCAGUCUCUGGCAUGUGGAAAAGCACGUGUACUGAUUAAAAACCCCAAAGGAAAAGAUGUAGAAGAUGAAGACAAAUUCUUAUUUAACAGUGACUUUAAACAUAAGCUUUUCCGGAUAAAGAUUAACCAAAUCCAAAUGAAAGAAACUAUUGAGGAACAAGUGAGCACAACAGAAAGGGUCUUCCAGGACAGGCAGUAUCAGAUAGAUGCUGCCAUUGUUCGCAUUAUGAAAAUGAGGAAGACACUAAGUCACAAUCUUCUUGUGUCAGAGCUAUACAAUCAACUUAAAUUUCCCGUUAAGCCUGGAGAUUUGAAAAAAAGAAUUGAAUCCCUGAUCGACAGAGACUACAUGGAAAGAGAUAAGGACAGCCCCAACCAGUACCAUUAUGUGGCUUGAGAUGGACCCAUAAUGCUUCUGGCCUUGUUUACAGAGCACUAACAUUUAGUAGUAAUAAAAAACUGACUACAAAGAACAGAGGUGCUUAUCUACAGUAGCCUUAUGCAGCGUGCUCAGAAUGUAUUACUCAAGGAGUUUCAGAAUGUGGAAGAUGGAAAGAAUGAGAAUCUCAUCAAGUGCAUCGUCAGUUGGUUACUUCUUGUUGCUGACAUGUUGUUUGCUGCGUUUCAGAAAAUUUUGCCCCAGAAGCCAUGCUACUGCUUGUUUGGCUGAGCUAUAACCAGGAACUACUAUAGCAACAGCUUUGGAUAAAACAGAUGUAGAUGUGUUUCACCUCUGCCUUAUUAGCACUGUUUUAAAGCCGUGCUGUUUGCUAGAAGACUUUUAUUUAUAGUUUGAAUUUUAUAUGGAAGAGCCCAGAUUUUUUUUUUUGUGAAAAAUGGAGUACAUAUUUUUCAGAGUUAUUAUGCUCCCUAAAUAACCUUAGGUCAGUUAAGAGUAGCAGAAGCUAAAAAUUGUUGGGUGUAUUGCAAAAAGAGCUUUUUAGACAUUUGUGAACAGUUUUUGAGAAGUGCCAAAGCAAGCAAAUUAAUGUUGAGACUUCUGCAUAGUAUCUCGCAGAUACAUUUUUGUCUGUACAUUAUAAUACAAAGAGUUAGACUAAGAUGCUUUGAAUUUAACAAUUUACUGUUAACUGUAGCUACAAAGAUCAUUUGCUUUCCAGUGUCCUUGUUGGAAAUAACAAACCCAACAGCCUGCAUUAUCCAGACGGGAAAUGCAGCGCAAUCUGAAUAGGAGGCUACUGUGUAUACCAAAUAGUUGGGAUAUACAGUAGGAGUUGUCAAGAGAUCCAAUUUAAUGAAUGUGGUGUUGUACAUUAAUGAAAUGUUCAUAUUCAAAUGGGCAGUGUUAAUACUGAUUAUUUUGUUGUUGAAGAGUUAUGGUAUGUUGUACUGUUAAAUCUAUUAAGGUAUGAGUAUUUAAAAAAAAUGUCAUUAUUAAAUGCUUUUUGAAAAUACAUGCAGUUUCUGCCUGUCAUCCCGUCAACCCUUCAGCCUUGCUCUGUCUAUCUCUCUGUCUAGAGAUGCUGAUGCCCACUUAGAUGGCAUAUAUAGUAAGAUAGGCCAUUAGGCUAAGUGCAUAGAUAAGACAUUCUGUUUGCAGCAGUAAUAGUGUUUUUUUGUCUGGAGUUAUGGUUCUUACAUCUGAAAGAACAGCUGCACCCCGUUGACUUAAAAAUAUUAAAAACCAUAUAAUAAUGCAGCAGUUUCCACUUUUAAUUCUUUAAGAUGCAUUUGAAGAGGUUGGUUUAUUUUGGACCAUUUCUUAUUAAAGUUAUUAAUUAACAUUUAUUUACAGGGCAGAAAUUAGGCUAUGUGGUUACAGUUGGACGACUGGUUCCACACUACCAAUAGGUUGUUAUUUCACACCUAAGCAACUGCAGACACAAAUUUAGCAGAAAAGAAGCAAGGCUUUAGUAUCCACUCUGUUUAAAUAUGCAACCAGGACUGGUUAAAUAAAUAAAAGUGUAUGCUCAUUUGUUUCUGCUUGUACUUCAGUCUGUCUAGACUGACUCAUUUAGGUAUAUGGUAUGAUGCUGUAAAUAUUCCAGAAUGCUGAAAAUGUGAGAGUAAUUGUAACCUGCAGAAUGUUUUUGACACAAUCUAAGAUGUUAGCCAUGUAAGACUGCUGAAUAGAAAGAGAGAAACGAUUAAAUCUGAGCCACUGUACCUUAAAUAAGAAUAAAUAUAAAAGAGUGCUGGUGCAGUGAUUGCAGCUAUUGCCAGGCCAUACUAAGCAAAUCAGAUUUAUAUCAGUUUCCUCUUUAACAUUUUAAUUUGUUUCCUAUUUAAAGAAACCCUUUAUUGACAAUUGCUCACAUUAUUCAAAUACAUUUUUUUGCAGAGAUUCUCUAUAUUCUGCCAAAUUUGCUUAAUUACGCAGUUUAUUUAAAUUAAUACAAUAUCUAUGCAUAAUAUGCAUUUCUAUUUCUUCAUGUUCUAUCUCACGUUAUAAAGUCACUUUGCUUGUGGAUCUUCUCUGUAACUUAUUGGCAUUCAUAUUUGCACAAUGUGUAUACAAAAUUAAUAAUUUACCCUGAUUUAUUGGUUAAAAUGACUACAUGAUCAAGAUGAUGUGGCGUUCUGGCUGAAUAAACACAAUUAAUACAAACAACCAUGUGUAAGUCUACAGAGUGAUGGAACAAACCCUUGGCUACCCAUACUGAAAACAGGCACUUCAGGUACUCUACCACAUAGAUUAUUAUUUUUGUUGCCAUUUGGCACAUAAUUUGGAAAGAAUAAUUGUAAACUGCUGAUCAAGUCUAAAAGACUUAAUGGUUGGCCAGUAUGUUGUCUUCUAUUUCUCUUUGCAAAUGUUGUGCAAACAUUAAACAAUUUACAAUUUUUUACAUGAUUUUGUCGUUAAAAAAAAGUGACUUUUAGUGUGUAAGAAUUUGAGGAAAAAAGAAGAAGAAAGUGGCCACCCCAAGUCUUGCAUGAGGCACAGAGCAUAGCAGCAGAAGCACUUGCUUGGUUGUUACAUUUUCUGAUCAAGAGAGAUUUGAAUGGUGAGUGAAAUUUUGAACCUUGCACUUGGCUCAAAAGUUAUUUCAGGCUGACCUAUCAUUCGAGUGGGAUUUUUUUAUUUGCUGAAUAUUUUUGAAAUAUACAGCAAGUAUUUUGAAGUGCAAUUUACUGUUGGAUUUUAAAUUCUUCAUUAUGAGAUCAGUAAGCUGAUGGGGGAGGAAAAAAAAAGUCUUUUUUUAUUGACCACAGUGAUACAAAAUGUAAAUGUUGUUAAUAUUUCAAAGAAUUUUGAAAAUGUAUGAGUUUUGUUAAAAGAACAUUGUAAGCAAUACCAUUGUAGAUGAGAAUGUUAGUAAAAACCUGCAUUUAUUACUAAGCACUGUAUAAUAGUAUACUAUAUUAAAAAUACUUUUCAUAAUG